CUCGAUCCGGAAAAUUUCGGUCGUACCGACUUCUGUUUUGCACUUUUGCUCUGAGUUUCGCUGAAAGUUCGAGUGUUACGACAGUUACGCUUUUUGCUUCUAGUGCUCCCAUUAGGAGGAACAAAUAGGAAACUAUCAUGAUGAUUCAAAACAUUCGAUGAUUUCUGCUUCAUCCAAAUAUAAAAAAAAUCAUUCGUUAUUUUUAGUCAUGGAGGAAGCUUUGAAGGAAAUAGGAGGUUUUGGACGUUAUCAUAAACGCAUUUAUUUUUUACUUUGCAUUCCCAUUUUGUUUGUUGGUGCAGCAAACUUGUCCUAUGUUUUUAUUGCUGCCACGCCAAAAUACAGGUGUCUUAUUCCAAAUUGUGACUCAGGCACCCACUUGUUGUACAACACAUCAUUCCUACCAUUCACAGUACCAACCGAUGAAAAUGGAGAUUACAAAUCCUGCCAGAGAUUUUUUUUCCCCAAUGGCUCAACUGUUAAUAAUAAAAAAGCUGGAAAAUUUAAUGAUCCCUUACCUGCUCUCUGCACUCCAUCACACUUUUCUAAGAUCACUGUAGAAAAUUGUCCUGAAGGCUAUGUAUUUGAUAAAUCAGUUUAUGAAUCCACUAUUGUUACUGAGUUUAACCUGACAUGUGAAAAUGGCUGGCUUGCUGAAGCUUCACAAAGCAUCUUCUUUGCUGGUGUCCUGGUGGGAGCCUUUCUCUGGGGCAUCAUUGCUGACUGGUUUGGUCGUCGUUUUGUCAUCUUGCUUAAUUUGGUAUUGAUGGCUCUGAGUGGGGUGGCCACUGCGCUCUCACCAAACAUUGUUGUCUUCAACCUAACAAGGUUCAUCUUUGCUCUGUCCUCAUCAGGAGUGUUCCAGACUGCAUUUGUUCUAGGUCUGGAGCUGGUAGGUGCAGAGUACCGGGAGCUGUGCGGCAUGCUGGGCCAGUAUGUGUUUGCUCUGGGCGAGGUCAUGCUUGGUUGCAUUGGCCUCUACUUCAGGAAGUGGCGUAUGUUGCAGCUCAUUAUUUCUGCUCCUCUCACUGCUGGCAUCCUCUAUGGCUUCGUAGUGCCGGAGUCGCCGCGCUGGCUGCUGUCACGCGGCCGUGACGCUGAGGCCCGCGAGGUCAUGGAGCACAUCGCUCGUGUCAACCACAAGACGCUGCCUCCCAGCCCUGCUCCUGACGACGACGUCCUACAGCGACGCACGCCCGAAGGCGACGCCGAGUCUGAAGAACUUUUGGCUGGCAGCUCACGGUCUCGCGAGUCGAGGCACGAGCCACCCCCAGCUGACAGCAGAGUGAUAGAAGUGCUGCGCACACCCCUCCUGUGUCUGCGUCUGCUGUCCUGCCAGGUCGCCUGGAUUGUAAUCACCUUCGUGUAUUACGGACUCUCUUUCACGGCAACCAACCUCGCCCCUUCUAGCAGCAGCAGCAGCACGCGGCCAUACGUGCAGUUCAUGUUGUCAGCGCUGGUAGAGCUGCCGGGCUACACAGCGGCGUGGCUCCUCAUGCGCUGCUGGGGCCGCCGACCCGCCCUCGCCCUCUCCUUCGUCACCGCUGCCCUCGGAUGUGCGGUCGCGGCUGCUGUCUACGGUCCGUGCCAAGCGAACACGGUGCUGGGGAUAUGCUCCACGGUGGCUAGACUGGGCGCCAUGCUAGCUCCUUUCUCCGACGACCUCAAGACCCUAUACAUCCCGCUGCCCAUGAUCAUCUUCGCUGUGCUGAGCGCCCUCGCCUCUACAACUGUCAUGGCGCUGCCGGAGACGCGCGGUGCAGCGCUGCCCGACACGCUCGAUGACGCCAUGCGUGUUGGCAGGCGCGUCGCUCCAGGCCCUGUCUCCAUGAACAGCGACGACAGCGACACUACCCCACUCCUGCAGCACCAGCAAGGCCACCAACUUUGAUAUUUUUUAAAUAAAUAUUUCUAGAAAUAAGAUAAUAAACUCGGUCAAUGUGGAGUUACUUGUUACACAUAUAACUGAUUAUUGGACCAAUACUACUCAAUUAUUGAGUGUUGUUCAUUAUUGUUGCUUGCUUUGUUCAAUUCAUGUAAGCUAGUUUGGCAGUUUUACUCUCUUGUUAUCCUAUUGUCUGUUCUGUACUCAAUCAAAAUGCAUUCCCAGUUUAUCGUGAAAAAAUUAACGUAGAACAGAUUUUCUUUGUCUUAUCAUCCUCAAGUAGUAUUCUGAGGCUACGUUGUUCCUCACUCAUAUCUACAUCUCUUACUGAACAAUUAUUUCAGGGCGCAUGUAGAGAAAGUUUUACCUGUAUGAGUCCUAAUAGCUUGCUUGGCCUUUAAAGUGGAGUCUGUUGAUUUAAUCGGGCAGUUCAUGAAUACUUCAAACAUUGAACGCGCUGCGCAGAAUUAAAAUAAAAUUCUGGUCAAUGUGAUAAACUGCAUAUAAUUUCUUAAAUGUUCAUUGAUGCUGGAGUUCGUUCAGUAGGCUAAAUGUUUAAUGGAAAGAGGCUAGAUACAUUUACCGAUUAAAAUAUAUAUGCGUUCCACUUGACCAACAUACUCGCAGAUUCCAGUGCGGCCCACCUUUGUUUUUCAGUUCAUUUUCUAUCCUGGCAAUUGGACUAAUCUUGAGCUUUAUUAUACUCAUGGUGAUGAAUGCUGUGAAGAGGAUAAAUGCUGUGAAGAGUAUAAAUGCUGUGAAGAGGAUAAAUGCUGUGAAGAGGAUAAAUGCUGUGAAGAGUAUAAAUGCUGUGAAGAGGAUAAAUGCUGUGAAGAGGAUAAAUGCUGUGAAGAGUAUAAAUGCUGUGAAGAGGAUAAAUGCUGUGAAGAGGAUGAAUGCUGUGAAGAGGAUGAAUGCUGUGAAGAGGAUGAAUGCUGUGAAGAGGAUGAAUGCUGUGAAGAGGAUGAAUGCUGUGAAGAGUCACUGUUAUUCGCUCUGGUGUGUGGCUGCGAUUGAAUCUAAAUGCUCCUUCAAGUUCGUGGAAUUUCUGCCCAAUUGAAGCUCAAAUAUUAGGUGAAAAAUUCCAAGUUCUCAAUUUAAAAUUAAAUUUAGGUUGUUAAGUACAAAAACUCGAGUUCGUUACUCGACAGCUCAAGUUGAAUCAUCCUGGAAGUGAUAUAAAGUUACAAUAUAUUUAUUUGUACACAAUAAUUCCCAUUAUUGAUAGGACUAUCAUGAAGACUAUCACCGUUCCAUGUGAAUCCUAAUCGAUAAUGUUUUUCCUCACUUGCAUAGGUUAAAUGAAGUUUCUACGAGUGAUUUAUCCUAAUGCUCUACUUGUGUGAGUGCCUUAUUAAGUGUUAUACGCUGUUAAAUUAAUACUGCAAUCGUUAUUCCUUUAAAUGCUGCUGGAAUAAUAGAUUAGUUUGAUGUAUUUUUCAUGAAUUCGUUCUCGUGUAGCAUUUAAUACAGAAAUUCUCUAUGCUUCGGGCAAUAUUUCUUAUUGUUUGAUGAUCUUGUAGCUACUGCACCUUGUACCAAUACUAUCCAUACCUCGAAACUACUCCGUGUUGUGCAUAACAAUUAUAUCUAUUCUGCCUUAUCUCAUGUUGUAAUAAUAAAGAAGACGAUAACAAUUUAGUUAGUAAUAUUUUGCCUUCAAGUGUGUUCGAACUAUUUAUCCAAUUACUGGUAUUAUUGAAUAAUAGUUAAUUGUUACUUCCUUAUUAAUUCUUCUAUAAUUUAAAUGAACUUUGGUACUUGAUUGUAGCAAGUCGAGCUUGUGUCAGUUCUGAACUUCAUUGGGGUUCUGAAGAGUUCCUAUUUCGAACGUUUCUUCAUUACCCGUUCAAGUGAACGUCUUUAUUAUAUGGAAUGUAUAUCUCGAACGAGAUCUUUUUCUAUAUAUUUUUGUAGUCAUGUACCACUAUUGAGCUCGGUUGUUUUCUUGUGUUCAGACACUGACUGUUCAUUCCGUAUCGCAUGCUGCUCUUUCCUGGUCAACCUUGUGGGCAAAAAUUUGUGAUGUAUUAGACUUUGCUUGCUUUCGUUCAUUAGAAUAUUUAAUUUGUAAAUUAUAGUAAAAUAUGAUUCAUCAA